AUGGCUUCUCAAGCGGAGAGCUUAUUUAAUUCCAAAGUGGCGAUGGCCAACGGCAAGUUCCUGACGCAUCCCUCAACUCAAAGCUUUCAACUGCGUGCUCUUCUAUUCUCACCCUCCACUGAUAUCGCAUCACAAACACAGCUAAAAUUUUCUGUUCAGCGCGGAAUCCGAUCGUCCCUUAUCUCGCAGUAUCCUCUCCUAGGCGAAAAUGAUGGAGCUAUCCUUGAACAAAUCUGGCCAAAGAAAAAACCUUUGGUCCAGGUGAAAUGCAGAGGAUACGUCUCUCUAUACACGCUUGAUGGAGUGCCUGUCUUCUCCCAGCAUUCUAAUGGGCCAUUCUUUCUGACCCUGAAGUUGCUGCACCAAUAUCCAUCCCUGCUUCCGCAUCUUCAAGUCGAUAGAGGAGCGAUCAAAUACCUCCUGGCCGGUGCGAAUAUGAUGUGUCCCGGCUUUACAUCAGCUGGGGGUCGACUUCCUCCUCCUGAGUCGGCAAUACCAGCAAAAACCCUGGUGGCAAUCCAUUGUGAAGGCAAGGAGCACGCUGCUGGGAUAGGUAUCACGAAACUUGGCACUGAAGAGAUGAAGAAAGUAAACAAGGGAGUUGGGGUUGAUAUCAUGGCAUACUUGGGCGAUGAGUUGUGGGUGAUCGAGAAGAUUUGAUAUUACAUUAAAUACAACAUUCCAAGGAAAUAAGAAGACACAGGCACCAAGCAUUGGGUGAUGAUGAUGGCACGGUCAUAACUCUACAGUUACCGCUCAGGAGUACGGGGAAUGUCAGAAAUGAGAUCCCAGAUCUGAUUCGUCUUGUCGAAUGGGGAGCUUCCAUCAUUGAGGUCAACAACAUAAGCUUCAGUAGGUGAGUCUAUGCGAAAUCAACGUCAGAUGU